AUGGACCGGCACUGUGCUCUGGGCGUGUGCGUCUGCUCCGUGCUUCUGGACCUUCUGCUGUCGUCUCUGCUCCUCACCAAAGGCUGUGGCCUCUCGCCCUCAGAAUCCCUCGGGACAUCACGGCUGGUUCUGGCUCUGUGGGGGUCCGUGCUGCUCCGCUCCUGCCUGCUGCUGGGUGCGUGUGUGGGCGUGGCCUUUAACAGAGUGGAGGGGCCCGGCAGAGUGAGCUGGUCGUCCCCGGCGGUGCACUUUGUGGCCAUGGGGAUAGUGACGAUGGCUGUGUCCACUCUGCUGGUCCUGACUGAGGUGGACAGUCUGAAGAACCAGGCCUGGGAGCUCGGGCUCAUAUCCUGGAGCUGUGCCUCGUCUGUGGGGCUGGUGGCGCUGUGGAGUUUGCUGGGGAACACACAAGCAGAGGCAACUUCCCCGUCGUCACAGGCAGAAGACACUGAGCGGCUUCUGGACCCGCCCCAGGACCAGACCAGGUCUAAAGUCCUAGAUCAGAGCCAGGAUCCAGACCAGUCCAGUCCUGAAAAUGAAUCCGAGUCAGAGAAGGCAAGUUCAGGGGCCACACUGGGACGGCUGCUGUGGUACUGCAAAGAAGAUGGCGGCCUUCUCUCCGUGGCGACACUCUUUCUCCUCAUCUCUGCCAUCUGUGAGGCGUUUAUUCCGUACUUUUAUGGUGUGGCAAUCGACGGCAUCGUGGUUUCCCAGAGCAUGGAGCAGUUCUCCAAACCGGUGCUCAUUCUCGCCGCUCUGGCCGUGGGCAGCUCGUUGGCGAUCGGUGUGAGAGGAGGAGUCUUCACACUGGUCUUUGCUCGGUUAAACCUCCGUCUGAGGAACCACCUGUUCAGGACGCUCAUGAAGCAGGAGCUCGGCUUCUUCGACCAGAACCACACAGGUGACAUCCUGUCUCGUCUGUCUGCGGACACGACUCAGGUCAGUGAUCUGGUGUCUCAGAACCUGAACGUCCUCCUGCGCAGCGUCGUCAAAGCCACGGGUUUCUGCAUCUUCAUGUUUGGAAUGAGCUGGAAACUGACGCUGGUCUCCCUCAUGGGCUUCCCCUUCAUUGGCCUCGUGUCACAGGUUUACGGAGACUACUUCAAGUCUCUGACCAAAGAGGUGCAGACAACUCUGGCCGAGGCGAACCGCGUGGCUGAGGAGACGGUGUCCGCCAUGAGGACCGUGCGCAGCUUUGCCAACGAACACAACGAGGCAGAGUCGUACUACAGCAAACUCCUGCAGAUGUUCAGGCUGAACCGCAGACAGGCCCUGGCCUACGGCGUGUACAUGUGGUGCACCUGCCUGUCAGAGGUGGCCCUGGAGCUGGCGGUGCUGUACUACGGGGGACAUCUGGUGGUCUCAAAGCAGCUCACGUCCGGAGCCCUCAUCUCCUUAUUCAUCUACAUGUUGCAGCUCGGGGAGUGUCUGGAGAGUGUGGCGUCCGUGUACACCGGCCUCAUGCAGGGAGUGGGGGCGGCUGAGAAGGUCUUUGAGUACUUGGACAGAGAGCCGCGUCACUGUGCCGACGGGACCGAGGAGCCGGAGAGCUGCUCUGGACUGGUGGAGUUCAAAGACGUCACAUUCGCCUAUCCCACCCGACCGCAAACACCCAUACUCAAGGGUGUGUCGUUCACUCUCCGUCCUGGGAAGCUGACAGCGCUGGUGGGGCCCUCUGGUGGAGGAAAGAGCUCCUGCGUCAGCCUCCUGGAGAACUUCUAUCUGCCUCAGAGUGGACAGGUUUUACUGGACAAUAACCCGGUGCACAGUCUGCAACACCAGUAUCUUCACUCAAAGGUGGCGCUGGUGGGGCAGGAGCCGGUUCUCUUCGCUCGCAGUGUGGAGGAAAACAUUGCGUACGGUCUGAGUCACGUGACCAAAGAAAACGUGGUGCGAGCCGCCACGGAAGCCAACGCUCAUGAGUUCAUUUGCGAGCUGCACCGGGGAUACAAGACCAGCGUGGGUGAGAAGGGCGCCCAGUUAUCAGGGGGGCAGAAGCAGCGCGUGGCCAUCGCUCGAGCUCUGGUCCGGGACCCGCAGGUGCUGAUCCUGGACGAGGCCACGAGUGCUCUGGACGCUCACAGCGAACACAUGGUGCAGCAGGCUCUGAACUCGGUGAUGAAGGACCGGACCGUUCUGGUGAUCGCCCAUCGCCUCAGUUCAGUGGAAAAGGCCGACCACAUCGUCGUGAUCGAGGAGGGGGGCGUGGCCGAGCAGGGGACACACACACAGCUCAUGGAGAGAAGACAAGUUUACUACAGACUGGUCCAGCGACAGAUACUGGGACUCGAGGACCAGAAACCAGAGCUGAGACCAGAGCUGAGACCAGCAAAGGGCAGGCACAGGCGACAGAGCAGUGACGGGGAAGCAGAGUUUAUGUCUGGAUUCGAGAAGUAG